UCACAAAUUAUAUUAAAUAAAACUAGGUAGAAUAUACAGAUUAUCUCAUGUAACGUAGUACAUACUACUAGUUAGAGGAUGAUUUUGAUGACUUUAAUUGAUAAAAAUAAUUGUUACCGCCUAUAAUGAGAAAUUUUUAAACAUAUUAUUAAUAAUAUGUUUAUGGAAAUUACUAUAUUUAUAUCUGUAUACAAAGAAAUAUUAUCAAUUUAUUAUUUGUAUAUCUGCUGAAUGCAAUUUGAAAUAUCUUUUAUCCUCUAUGAUAUAAAUGUUAUAUAUUUUUAUGUAUAAUUUCAUAAAAAUUUACUAAAAGCAUCUUACAAAAUGGUAUCAUGCCUUUCCUAUUUACCGGCAUAAUUUCGACCAUUCACUGAACGUAAAAGUAUCAUAUAACUGUAUCAUAUUGCGAAAAACGUAACCUCAAAUCAGUGAGGAUAAAUUUAUCUCAUUUCGCAAUAUCGAGAAAAAAAUUACUGAUUUUGCUCGUAAAGACAUUAUAUAAAAUGACUACAGCAAAAAUCGAAUUUGCGGUGGAAAUGACUUGUCGAAAAUGCGUUGAUUCGGUACGGAACGCUUUAAUUGGCGUAAAUGGAAUUAAAAAUAUUGAUAUAUCAUUAGAAAAAGGAAGUGUUAUAGUUGAAACAAAUUUACCAUAUUCUAUAAUUCAAGAAAAAAUUGAACAGACUGGGAGAAAAGUUGUUUUAAAGGGAUAUGGAGAUAGUUCUAGUGCAGUUGCGAUGUUAGGAGGGAAUUCAGGAUAUACCGUAGAUAAUAAAAUAAUGGGUGUAAUAAGAUUUGCAGAAACUCCUGAUGGAUGUCUUAUAGAUGGAACAGUUGAUGGUUUAGCACCUGGUAAACAUGGCAUGCACAUUCAUGAAUGUGGUGAUAUCUCUCAAGGGUGUAAUAGUGUUGGAGAACAUUUCAACCCAAAUAAUACAUUACAUGGUGGACCUGAAGAUGAUGCAUUUAGACGGCAUGUUGGAGAUUUGGGAAAUAUAAUGGUCAAUGAUUCUGGUAGAGCUACUUUUAGAAUAAUAGAUAAACUUGUAAAAAUACCUGAUGUUAUUGGAAGAUCCUUAAUUAUAACAGAAAAACCAGAUGAUUUAGGAAGAGGUGCUGAUCCAGAAUCUAAAAUACAUGGAAAUAGUGGAAAUAAACUGGCCUGUGGUAUAAUUGCUCGUUCAUCUGGCUUAUUUCAAAAUACAAAAAAGAUCUGUGCUUGUGAUGGACUUACAUUAUGGGAUGAAAGGGAUAAGGCACUUAAAGCUAAACAUGAUUUUUCUGGAGCAAGUAACAAUUCAAAAUUAUAAAUAAUAUAUAAAGAGGCUACAAACUGGGUUUUGCAAACUGAAUCAUUCCAGUAAAGCAUUUCUACGUGCAUGAUAUAAAAAGCACAAAUUGCAUUAUAUCUUUCGUAAUACGUAGAUUUAGUAUAGUUUCCAACAUAAAUAUUUUGUAUAAGAUAAAUUAUUACAUUUUGAGUGUUAGAAUAUAAAAUAAAGAGAGUAGUAAUGUAAUAAAAUUAGAAUUUGUAUUUGUUAUAAAUAAUAAAAUAUUAUAUAAAUAUU